AUGUUGGUCGUGCUUUGCGUUGCUUUGUGGAUUUCGCUUCUGUCUGGCCAGGAAUGCCAUGAUUCGGCCGCCGCCCUGCAAGUGACACGAGGCAAUGCCGCCCGGGGCAAUGCCACGCGGGGCAAUGCCACGCGGGGCAAUGCCACGCGGGGCAAUGCUGCAGGACAGGUCGAUGCCAUGUCUGCGGGAAUGUCAACGGCAACAGGAACCGUCUUCGGCUUGUAUGCCCAAACCCUCACCCAAUACGUAACUGGUGGUGGCAAGUGGUGCACAGAUCGUCCAGGACACCGACGUCGGCGUGCCCUCGAGGAAUCCAUCACGUGUGACAACGACUGGGUGGAAGCAUGGCAAACGUUCAAAAUAACGUCGCACCCGGGAAAUGGCCGCUUCACGUUCAUUGGAGGCAGAGGUCAGAAGUACUGUUCAGAUUCCAGCGUGCGCAGACGUGGGGGACCCGCUCGCAUGAUGUGUAAUCGAGACAACCCUUACAGUUGGGAGAAGUUUGGCAUCAUUGACGCCUCAUCUCGAGGAGCAGAGCUGGUUGGCUAUGGAAAUGGUGGUGGGAGCUCUGGCAAAGUGUGCUAUGCGCCAAGCGCCAAUCAGGUCACAUGCACUGGCGCUUCCCCCCCGGUCCCGAGUUCUGGCACCCUCGAGAAUCCCUUGAGCGAGUCCUGGAGACAUCUUUGGGAAAGUAUGUGGCCCCCGCCAAAUUUUGUGGAUGCCCGUGUGCACCCAAAGCAACUGGUCAAGGGAAGCUACAUCAUACAGCCAGGUGCAGUAAUCAGCCUCAGGAACACAGCCACGAACAAGUGGUGCCAGGUGGACGGUUGGUUCACGAUCGUUUGCAACCAGGCAACGCCAGCAGACAUCCGUGCCCAGUUCCGCGUUGUCGCCACAGGGGCUCCAGUUGAGUUCUACCUCCAGUCGAAGUUGCACGGUACGUUUUGCAGAAACGAGUACGACCAUGAGAUCAUCAAGUGCAAUACUCACUCGAGAGGGGCCCUAAAUGUGCUCAAGUUCGACGAGACAAUCCAAAACCAAGACUGGCGGAUUCUGGCCGUGAAGCUCAAGGCAACCUUCCAGUCAGAGUUUCGACCUGUCUCCGUGAAGAACGACAAGAUGGCCUGCGGUCGUCGCCGCUCAGCUGUGUCCUCAUCACCAACGGUGUUCCAAGUCGCCAUCCAUGAAAUGCCAGACACGCUUCAGUUUCGCUAG